GCCAGCGAGCCGUUCAUUCAUUCUUCUGGCUCUUCGGGCGGCGGUCGCAGGAAGGCAUUGGAACUUAGCAGCGGCGACGAUUGGAGGCGGCCUUGUUGCCGCUGCGGGACGGAAACGGGCUUUUUCCCGCCACAAACAGACAAAGAGGCCAAGGAAGGCUGAGGAAGGAAGGGAGUUGUGUUGUUCUUGUUGCAAUCUUGUCUCCCAUUCAUGGCCAAAGGCGAAGGAGCCGAAAGCGUGGCCUCGGCGGGGCUUUUGCAGCCCAGCAUCCUCAGGCAGGAGGAGCUCCGGAGGAACCCCAAGAGAGAAAGCAAAGGAAAGCUCUCGAUAUGCAACAAAGUCUGUUACGCCAUCGGCGGAGCGCCCUACCAGAUCACUGGCUGCGCCUUAGGUUUCUUCCUGCAGAUCUACUUGCUAGAUGUAGCACAGCUGGAUCCUUUCUAUGCAUCCAUCAUUCUUUUCGUAGGCCGCGCAUGGGAUGCUAUUACCGAUCCCCUAGUUGGAUUCUUUAUCAGUAAGACAUCAUGGAGUCGGUUUGGACGCCUGAUGCCCUGGAUUAUGUUUUCUACUCCCUUUGCUGUGAUCUCCUACUUCCUGAUUUGGUUUGUGCCUGACAUCUCGAAGGGACAAAUGAUGUGGUAUCUUUUCUUCUACUGUAUUUUCCAGACCCUUGUGACGUGCUUUCAUGUUCCAUACUCGGCCCUCACCAUGUUCAUAAGCAGGGAGCAAAGCGAGCGGGACUCUGCCACAGCCUACCGCAUGACGGUGGAAGUGCUUGGGACCGUCCUGGGAACCGCCAUCCAGGGGCAGAUUGUGGGCAAAGUCAACACGCCAUGCAUUGCAGACCCGCUUCUGUUGAACAUUGAGAACUCUUCUUCGGUGGCCAUGGAGGAGGUCAACAUCACCCAUGACACCGGCUCACUCACAGACACGAGGAAUGCAUACAUGAUAGCUGCCGGGGUCAUUGGUGGCAUAUACAUUCUCUGUGCUGUCGUCUUGUGUUCGGGUGUUCGGGAAAGACGAGAGUCUUCAGAGCUGCAGUCAGCUGAGCAAGCAUCCUUCUUUGAGGGCUUGAAGCUGGUAAUGAAGCAUGGCCCCUACAUCAAGCUAAUUGCUGGCUUCCUCUUUACCUCCUUGGCUUUCAUGCUGCUGGAAGGCAACUUUGCCUUGUUCUGUACCUAUACCUUGGGAUUCCGCAACGAGUUCCAGAACAUUUUACUUGCCAUCAUGCUCUCUGCCACUUUGACCAUCCCAUUCUGGCAAUGGUUCCUAACGCGCUUCGGAAAGAAGACCGCCGUCUACAUUGGAAUAUCAUCAGCUGCUCCUUUCCUCAUCUUGGUAGUCAUUAUGGAAAGCAACCUUAUUGUCACUUACGUCGUGGCCGUCGCGGCCGGGAUGAGCGUUGCUGCAGCCUUCCUUUUACCCUGGUCCAUGUUGCCAGAUGUCAUUGACGACUUCAACCUCCAGCACCCAGAUUCCGGUGGCCACGAAGCCAUUUUCUUCUCCUUCUACGUCUUCUUCACCAAGUUUGCGUCUGGAGUGUCUCUGGGGAUUUCCACACUCAGUUUAGACUUUGCUGGCUAUAAGACCCGCGGCUGCUCCCAACCAGAAGAAGUGAACUUCACAUUGAAGAUGCUGGUAUCGGCGGCUCCGGUGGUUCUGAUAGUCCUUGGUCUCCUCCUCUUCAAGCUGUACCCCAUCGAUGAAGAAAAGCGGAGGGAAAAUAAGAAAGCCCUGCAAGAGUUAAGGGAUGAAGAGAGCAACAGCAGUAGUGAGUCGGACUCCACAGAACUGGCCAGCAUUGUUUGACCCCGGCUUGCCUUGGUUCACUUUUCAUGCACUGGGAUCCAUAGAAGAAACGGGGAAUGGAGCUGACAUGGUGUCCGCCAUGCAAGAGGGAUUCUUACUUGCUCCUUUGAGGGAGCGCUCGAUGACAUCCUUCCAGACUGCUCUGGAAAGCAAAUACCGGGAAACGUUGUGCCUUAUUGGGGAUCCAUGGAGCACUGGGCCAUUAUGUACACACAGUAUUUGGUACUAGAGAAACCUACCUUUGGGUGGAAUCAGCACCCAACUUAGUGCAUCUCCUGCCAGAAUCAGUUUGCAAAAUUCAUUUUGAGCCAUGACAUUAUUUGGAUGUGCGCUAUCUGUCGCCACUUCACCUGGUACCACUGGCACGGAGUGCGGGGCAAGGCUUCGCAGUACUGUUGCGUUUUCUUUGAGUGUGUGUCUGUGUGCAUGUGUUGUUUUGUUUUUUAUUUUAUCUUACCAUGGACCCUGAUGAUGCUUCCAGGUGUACAUUACACCUGUGGCAUGAACUUACCAAACACAACCUCGUACUGUAUUUUUUUUCCCUGUAAGUAAGACACAACUAAUGUAGAAAGCAUCCUGUGGUAUUGCUGGGGUUUUAUAUAUAUAUAUAUAUAAUUUAUAUAUAUAUAUUUGUAUAUAUAUAAAGAGCUAAUUAAUUAAAAUAACUUAAUUAUGUUGUAAAUAUGAAACGUUGACAUGUUUUCCUUAUUUGUAUAUGUUUGUACAGAAAGACGACUCUGGAUCUAUUAAUAUUAAUUUACAUUAAAUGCCGAAGUGUCAUGUGCAUUGUUGUGUUUUUUCCACCUCUACAAAAGAUAUGAAAAUAGGCAAAGGAUUAUGUAAAUAGAGUGCCUUUGCAUUCCUUUAUUUGAA